AGCCCCCCAUCACAUGGAUGGUUGUCUAUUAACUUGUUCAAAAAAGUAUCAGGAGUUGUCAAGGCAGAGAGAGAGAGAGAAAGACAGAGGGAGAGAGUGUGAGAGUGAGUGUUUAGGAGGGGAAAAACACACACACACACACACACACAAAAACAACAACAACAAAAAAAGGGGGAAAGGGACUUUUGCUGGCUCUUUUAGUCUUACAGAGAUACAGAAAGAGAGAGAGAGAGAGAGAGAGAGAAAAGAAGGAAAGAAUCACAAGAAAGAAAGGAGGGAAAACGGACCAGGAAGAAGUUUCUCAAUCAAGACUCUCCAAGCCUUCUUUGUUAUGCUUCUCCUGCUUGAAUAGUCGUCCGUGGGCUGCUUGCAGAGGGAGGAAGAUCCCGGUGUUGAUCCGAUCGGGGGAGGAUCUGUUUUGGAGGGGGAGCUCUCCCCUCCCUCCCCCCUCCCAGAAAAGACAAGUCCAGGUUGGGACACUCUCGAGCUCCUGUCGGCUGCCUUUCCUCUUCGCUUUUGUCCCACCUACAGCCCCUUCCUUUUCUUUUUUUUUGGGGGGGGGCGAUUGUCGGAUUCCUCUCUCCCUCGCCCUCUCUCUAUGCGCCGGUGUGCUUUUUAAUAGCCGGAGUUCCUCGAAGCUGCGUUGGUUUGUUUGCCCAGCACCAUUCCGAAACCUCCCGGCCGCCCGUUGCUGCGCCCCCUCGGCCGAGAAAAGCCGUUUGAAUGUACAACAUGAUGGAAACCGAACUGAAGCCUCCCGCCCCCCAGCAGACAGCGGGGGGAGGCGCGGGGGGCAACAGCAAUUCCGGGGCCAACAACCAGAAGAACAGCCCGGAUCGGGUCAAGAGACCCAUGAACGCCUUUAUGGUGUGGUCCCGGGGCCAGCGGCGGAAGAUGGCGCAGGAGAACCCCAAGAUGCACAACUCGGAGAUCAGCAAGCGCCUCGGGGCCGAGUGGAAACUUCUCUCGGAGGCUGAGAAGAGACCUUUCAUCGACGAAGCCAAGCGGCUGCGCGCCUUGCACAUGAAGGAACACCCGGAUUAUAAAUACCGACCCCGGAGGAAAACCAAGACGCUGAUGAAGAAGGAUAAGUACACUUUGCCGGGCGGGUUGCUGGCGCCGGGCUCCAACUCCAUGGGCGCGGGGGUCGGCGUGGGGGCCACGCUGGGCGCGGCCGGAGUCAACCAGCGGAUGGACAGCUACGCGCACAUGAACGGCUGGACCAACGGCGGCUACGGGAUGAUGCAGGAGCAGCUGGGCUACCCGCAGCACCCGGGCCUGAACGCGCACAACGCCGCGGCCGCCGCCGCCGCCGCGCAGAUGCAGCCCAUGCACCGCUACGACGUGAGCGCCUUGCAGUACAACUCCAUGGCGGGCUCUCAGACUUACAUGAACGGCUCGCCCACCUACAGCAGCAUGUCCUAUUCGCAGCAGGGGACCCCGGGGAUGAGCCUGGGCUCCAUGGGAUCGGUGGUCAAGACGGAGUCCAGCUCCAGUCCCCCCGUGGUCACGUCUUCUUCCCAUUCCAGGGCUCCGUGCCAAACCGGAGACCUCCGGGACAUGAUCAGCAUGUACCUGCCCGGGCCUGAAGUGGCGGAGCCGGCCGCCCCCAGCAGACUGCACAUGUCGCAGCAUUACCAGAACGCACCUGUGCCCGGCACGGCCAUAAACGGCACGCUCCCGCUCUCCCAUAUGUAAGACCCACGGGGGGUGGGCGAGACGCGAGGAAGGCGAGGGCGAGAAAUCUAGACCGAGCAACAAACUUUUAUUAGAAAUUCUGAACUUCUGACUUUUCCCCCCUUUCUCCCCUUCCAGUCCUCUUUUUCUGGGGGGGGGCACUAUUUUUGUACAGAGAAUAACUGGGUAGGGAGAAACCAAUCAGAUACAAAAAAAAGAAGAAAAAAUCCAAACCCAUCAAGGAACUUGUAUAGAUCUUUUUAUUUUUGUUUUCUCCCUCCCUCUCCUUUGGAAAGGGAUGCGACUCCACCAAACCUGUUCUCCCCCAUCCCUCCCACCCCUACCCCCGAAGUUCCUAUGGAAAUGGUACUUUGCAGAAAAGGUUUUUAAAAGUAAAAAAUAAAAAAGUCUUGACCCAUAAUCUUUAGAACUAGACUCCAGAAAGCGACGUAGGAAGGUGGGAGGGGGGAAGGGAAGGAGACUGGGAAAUGGGGUGGGAAAUGUUUUAAUAUUUGCAAGCAACUUUUGUACAGUAUUUAUCAAAAUAAACAUGGCAAUCGAAAAGCCCAUUGUUUAUAUUAAAAAGAGGAGGGGGGAAACCUUGAGAAUUUGCCAAUUAUUUUUAAAAUACAUCAGAGUCUACUUAAGGCACUCUGAUAAUUGGAUAGAUGGAUUUAUAGCAGCUGCACAAAAAAGGAAGCUGAAUUUUAUUUUAAAACAAAAAUCUGGACGUUUUAAUUGUUUUAGCAAUUGUACAAAAGGCAAAAAAAUAAAUAGAAUAAGUACUUGCAUACCAUUGAACUGGAACUGUUUUUUUUAUAUAAAAGGGCAAAAGUUUAGGGUGUACUACAUUUUUUACACGUUGUUUAAAAAGCAAAAAUUGUCUUGCAGGUUCACACACAUUUGUUAAUUUAAAUAGCUUUUUUUUGUUUUCAAACUUUCUCCUGUUCAGCUAAAACGACAGCAAAACAAUCUGAAAUUCUUGUGUUUGAAAUAUUUUCUUAUGGUUUGUAAUAUUUCUGUAAAUUUAUUGUGACGCUAUUUUAAGUUCUUUUAAUUUUUGUCCCUCCUCAUUUCCCGUAGUUGUACUCGGCUGUGUAUUAUCUGAAAUCAGUCCGCCGGCAGUCCAUGUGUAUGUGGGUGUGCAUAUAUGUAUAUUAUAUAUAUAGACACACACAUAUACAUACAUACAUCUAUAUAUACACAUGUAUAUAUACAUAUACAUGGAUAUGUAUAUAUACACAGACAUAUAUAUAUUUGAACUAAUACCAUCCUUAUAAACAGGUACAUAUUUGAGUUAAGUUUUUACUCCAUUAUGCACAGUUUGAGAUAAAUAAAUUUUUGAAAUAUGGACACUGAAAUAA